UCGGAUGACCUCAGUUCUAUUCUAGUCCGGCGGUAAUUACUUCAUCGCUCUACGCGCGCUCGAGAUGCACGGCAUUUCAUUUUUACUCGACGUCUCUCCUUCGAUUCCUCAAAUACUUGGCUUCCGAGCUCCGCUGUGAUGCGGAGCGGGACGGAAAUUGAAGGUGGCGAUGGUAAGGAGAGAGUACAGGCCGAUGGGGUCGAGCCGGCGGCGAGCAUCAUUAUCGAGGUGGUGUCCGAUGAGACUUCUUGCUCUGCCGUUGAUCCAUUGGAGCAUACUGGAACAGAGAAGGUGAAGGGAGAAACCAAGGGGGUUGAUCUGGAGAAGGGUGGGGGGUGUUUGGAAACAGAGAGGGAGAAAAAUUGCCGGAUCUGUCAUUUGAGCUCCGAGCUGGUUGGAUCGGUGGAGGAGGGUUGGGAGCUAAUCGAGCUCGGGUGCGGAUGCAAGGGAGAACUCGGAAUCGCCCACCGACGCUGUGCCGAUGCUUGGUUUAGGGUGAAGGGAAACAGGCUUUGUGAAAUUUGUGGUUUGAAUGUGAAAAGCAUUAUUGGCAAGGAAGAUUUCAGUUUCAUGGAAGUCUGGCAUGAUGGUAGAAGAAGGAAUGGGGGCUCCAACAACAGAAACUCGCAUUAUCAGGGUAGCUAUUGGACCAGCCGAAGAUUCUGCAGUUUCUUUGUUUCAUUCCUUGCGAUAGCUUUUAUACUUCAGUGGUACUUCCGGGAAAGCUUUGGCUGAUGUAGCUUCUCCCCUUCCAAAGGUUACAGAUUGUAGAGUUGUUAUUUUAUCCAGGGGACUCUUUUUAACAUAAAGAGAUGAAGAUGGCAUUGUACACUGUAGGCAUUUAGGUCCAUUGUCACUCAAUGAUGUUGCAUGCUGAACAAAUCUUUUAUUUUUAUUAUUAUUUUUUUUUUGCAUUAUGUUUUUAUUGCUUUAAUAAUA